CCCCUCGUCGUCAUGCACAAGCCCGAGCAGGACAAGAAGGUUUCAGCCAUGGUUAGCUUCCGACUUCCCCUCAUACUCCUUGUCUCCCUCCUGGGCAUUUCACUCUCGUGCGGCGCCGCACUGCCGCCGCCGGUGUACGACACGGACGGCCACGAGCUGAGCGCCGCCGAGAGCUACUACGUCCUCCCGGCCAUCCCCGGCCACGGAGGAGGGCUCACGAUGGCGCCCCGCGUGUUCCCCUGCCCGCUCCUGGUGGCGCAGGAGACCGACGAGCGCCGCAAGGGGUUCACCGUGCGCUUCACCCCGUGGGGCGGUGGCGCCGCCGCAGCGUCGCCGGACAAGACCACCAUCCGCGUCUCGACCGACGUCCGCAUCCGCUUCAACGCCGCGACGACCUGCGUGCAGUCCACCGAGUGGCACAUCGGCGACGAGCCGCUCACGGGGGUCCGGCGCGUGGUGACGGGGCCGGUCAUCGGACCGAGCCCCGGCGGGCGGGAGAACGCGUUCCGCGUGGAGAGGUACGGCGGCGGCGGGUACAAGCUGGCGUCGUGCAGGGACUCGUGCCAGGACCUGGGCGUGUCGAGGGACGGCGCGCGAGCGUGGCUGGGCGCCAGCCAGCCGGCUCACGUCGUGGUGUUCAAGAAGGCCAGCAAGUAA